GUGAGAACAAGAGGCACAACUCCUAUAUAAAGUGGGGAUUUUUUUUCCAAAGUUGUCGGGAAGUCACGUGUCCUACUUAUAUCAGUACGCUCAUAACAACCUUAGCAUUAAUUAAGAAACUCAUAUUCGAACAAAUAAGCCUCACGUGGCAAAUAAGCCAUUACAUUUUUGGUUGACCAAAUUCGAUACUCGCUGACCUCCAUACAAAAAAAACUCGUUUGGUGAGCAAAAAACAACAACAUAAAACGCCACCUGCUGGAGAAUACAUAUUUUGGCCACAGUUAUCACUCGUUUCGCAUAAAUCGGCCCAAAAUCAGAUUUUUCCAGCAGGUGGCAGUUUUUCGGGUUUUGUUUCGCUCUCCAAGCGAUUCGUUUUUGUAUGGGUAUGGGCCUCCUUUAUUACCACAAGAAGUAGAAUAUUGAUGUCGCCUCUGCGCAGCCGCCCCGCGAGCCCUAGUGUGCGAACCACCCAUUACAUCCAUGUUGUCUACGAAGAGGGAAUCGGCAUCAGCAAUACUGACGGAACGUUUUAGAUGUGUUUUUAUUUAUUAGCAUACAUUUAUCAGAUCUUUUUUCCCACGAGGAAUAUGGAAGUUCAAAUGGCUGUCGUUAGGUAGAAUGACGUGUUUGCAGUCAGCAACCGUGCUAUUUAUUUUUCUUAAUGUUAUGUAAGAACAGAGACGGUACGCGGCGCCUCUUGUACCGAAUUGAGGCGUAAUAAUGAAUAACGCGCAAGAUAUGUCUCCUGAUUUUGUCUUGAUGCGCUUGGUUUCUGCGGCUGAAUAUGACCGAUUGGACGAGGAGAAUUUGACGUCGGGUGGUGGAGUGGUUUCCGGAUUCGGGAAAGCUGUCUUGGGUAAUCAUGGCAACAAUAUCAACAAUGGGUUUGAAUUUGAUCGGAACAACCCCACAGCAGGCCCGGGAAUUCCGAGCAAUCCCUCCCCGCACUAUAGUUCACAGGUUGAGAGCCGGACGGGAGCCCCUGACAGCCGCUUGAUGCUGACCCGACCCUUAGUUUCUGAUGCGCCUCAACCUCCGGACUUCGCGGUGGCUCAGCGCUUCGAUUUCCCGCAUGGCGCGGGCAGAGGCUCGCGGGCUCAGCUCAUGGUGUUUCAGAACGUCCUUAGGACAAGCGACGGUGUUUUGGAAUGCGGCCUCGAGCAACCUCCUGGCUUCCAGGUAAGUGAGGCUGAUAAACAGGAAGCCAGUUCUGCCUGUGUCAUGAUGACGGGUGACAACAAUAUGGAUGUGCAACACCAGAGGCUUCAGUGGCACCCCAUUAUGAAGCUGUCCAAGGUGGUUGCAGAUGCAGGUGACCUGGCUGGAGAGGGAGAUGGGCUCUGCCACCGGCACCGCCUGGUCACUGAUGCCAUGGACUGGCCUCCACUCCUGGACAAGUCCCUCCGCUUCUGCAUCCUGGACCCCAAGAAGACCUGUUCGACGGGGGACACGAUCUACCACCACCUGGACGACACGGUGCUCAACCUGGCCCGGAGGCUGGGGGAGCUGGGCCAGGCCUCAGAGAUGCUGCUGAAGGAGGGUGGAGAGAUGCCUCGCUGUUCCUGUCAGAGCAUUCUGGCUUCGGCAACGGGGGGCAUAGGCCCCGGAGAGGACCCUAGUGAAACCAGUGACGCCCUCCUGGUGCUGGAGGGCCUGGACUCUGAGGAAGUGGGUGAGCUGGGGCUGGGCGGGGAGGAGUUUAAAGGUGGUGUCCCUGGGCAGGAGGGCGAGACAGACAUGGGGCAGGACCGGCGGGGGACUUUCUCAAGCGGCUCCCUCACGGGGCUAAUGAGGCAGGUACACAGGCUUGCUGGGGAGUCCUGUGCCUGUGACCCCCAGGUGUGUCCCUCGCCGUUGGAUGCCCUGGGCUCUGCUGCAGCCUUAACAUCGUCCCUGUCUCUGGCCUCCUCUAACGUCACGGGGCAGCCGGCAACAGAAGCUUCCACCACCCUAUCUGGCACCUUACCUUCACAGGACCCUCCCAGCCAAACCUCCCAGCCCCCAAGCAGGGCCACCACGCCAAAGUUAGGGGUGAGGUUGCGAGCUGCCUCACCCAUAGUAGUAGAGGGGGCGGCAGGGGGCGAGAAGACGACCAGAGGGAAGUCCCGGAAAGGCUCUCUAAAGAUCCGUCUGAGCAAACUAUUCCGGACCAAGAGCAGCAGCGGCUCCAGUCACCUACUGGACAAGAGGCCCUCGCUGGCCUCCUCCACCUCCUCCGGGGGCAGCCUGGUGGAUGUGUGGGGCUCUGGAUCCACCAGCACAGACUUGGACACAGGGAGCAAACACCAGCUCUCCAGGCCCCAAAGUGCCUUCUCUCCGUUGGCCUUCGGUCCUGCCUUCACCGAUGACUUUGGUGGGCCGCAGCCUGGGCCUUUCCUAGAGAGUGGUGUUCAUCCCUCCCAUGCCUUCAUCCAGCAUAGCCUCAGCCUCAAUGAUACGUUCCUGCGGGGUCUCCCCCGGCCCAUCCCGCUGCCUGGCGACGGCCAGAACCCGUCUCGGGUGGACCAGCGCCCACUGCUGUGCCCACUGAGCCGCCCCGAUGCCAGCAGCUUUGCCACCAGCCUCCGAGAACUGGAAAAAUGUGGCUGGUACUGGGGUCCUAUGAACUGGGAGGAUGCAGAGAUGAAGCUGAAGGCCAAGCCAGACGGGGCGUUCCUGGUGAGGGACAGCUCUGACCCCCGCUACAUCCUCAGCCUGAGCUUCCGCUCCCAGGGGGUCACACACCACACGCGCAUGGAGCACUACAGAGGAACCUUCAGCCUCUGGUGUCACCCAAAGUUUGAGGACCGCUGUCAUUCUGUGGUAGAGUUUAUCGAAAGGGCCAUCAUGCACUCCAAGAACGGAAAAUUCCUCUACUUCCUGCGCUCACGGGUCCCAGGCCUCCCCCCGACCCCGGUCCAGCUACUGUACCCAGUGUCCCGCUUCAGCAGUGUCAAGUCCCUGCAGCACCUCUGCCGCUUCUGCAUUCGCCAGCUGAUCCGCAUAGACCACAUCCAGGAGCUCCCGCUGCCCACGCCCCUCAUAGUCUACCUGCGAAAGUUCUACUACUAUGAUCCUGAGGAGGAGAUGUACAUGUCAAUCAAGGAGAUGGGGCGGGACACGACCACCCAACCGGCGACUGGCCAGCCGGAGUCUCAAACGUAGCACUUGGAAGAUCUAUGGAGCAAGGUUUUUAUACACGGGAACAGCUUACCUGAAGACUGAUGGUGACUGAUUGGGGACAGUCUCGCUCAAACCCUCUUGUGCCAGACUGUGCACUAAUCAGCGCUCUUGGUUGACUCGGUAUCCGGACGUCUGGGGGCAGGGUUUUACAUGAUCCACCCUCCUCCCUUUUUGAUUGGCCCACAGAAACUGGAGGAGGAGCAGGGGAUGAGGAAUCUCCACCCACCCGGCCAGUGAGGAAAAUAUCUGACCUCGGGGCUGAACUGGAAGAGCUGACUGACUACUUGCCAUUGUGCUAACUACAGUAAGCCCCCCCAGCUAAGACUGGACAUCACUGCAACGUUGUGGAAACGUCACAUGUACCUGAGUAGGAAGAACAUUUCAAUCGAAACGAGCGCACCCUUGAGCCUGGAGGCUAAGACGAUAGGUUGAGGGUCGAAGUAUAUGGAACCAAAUCAGUUUGGAAAACGAUGCACUUGACCUUUGUUUGUAGCCCUGCUCUGAAAAGGUCUGCGAAAAGGGACAGCUCAUUGUUUGGACCAGAGUAUAAAAAGUUGUCUACUGUAUGUCAGCCAAGGAGGAGAAACUAUACACACCUUUCUGAUGUGAUGCAUUCUCAAGUACAGAGAAAUAUCAUUUUCUUGUUGUUUCCUCUCAAAAUAUUUGGUUGCCGCUGAUUUGAUCUGCACCUUUUUGAGUUGACUGCCUGAGCUGUGUGUGUGUCUGCGUGCCUGUAUGUGUGUGUAAAUACUGUGCGUUGGCGUUAGCGGUUGGUGGCUAACCAGAGUUAUUUGGUGGUGUAACAUCACUGGAGGAUAUCGUGGUUGGCUCUCAACUCUGGAAUCCAACUGGAAUUCUCUUGCUAUACUGUUAUUGAGCAAAUGCGUUACCAGAACAAAUAAUAAUAAAACUGUUGAUGGAAUUUAAAACAUGA